UCCGCAUGGGAGAAAGCGGUAGAAAGUGGUAGGACGCUGUACUCGGCUAUGAAGUCCAAGGAUAGUGUAGCGAGAUGGUUCUUCAAAAACUAUCCCGACUUUAGUGAAACAGUCCAGAGUCCGUUUGAUGGGGAUCUCCGAGAGAAGUUGAAGGAGUGGGGAUACAACGAUAACGAGGAGUUGAGCAAAAAGCUCGACAAGGAGUGUGACUUCGAGGCAUACCACAAGAUCAAGAGGGCCUUUGAUGAACUGUCCUUGGGGACGAAAGCGAAAGCUGAUGGAGGCCCAAAUCAGUGUUUUCAAGUCAAUCAUCAGGAUGGGCCUAAUGUCAAGCGCAAGGAAAACGGCGAGCUCCCUGAUGCCGAGUUCCAAUACUACGAUGUCUGCGGAAAGACAUACAGGGUCACGGGAGGCACCCAUGAUAUCGCAGUGAACUCAGCCGGAGCAGUGAUUCUGAUGAACGUUAUUAGUGCUGCCUAUAGCGCUGAGAAGUUUCUCUGGAAAAAGAAGGCAGGUACCAACGAGCUACCGCACAUUCGAUCAACGUCCGACAUAGCCUGGGGCCUAUGGAAUCGGGUCGCUCCUGGUAACGUCAAGGAGAUCAAGUAUCUCAUUGUCGCCCAAAUAAUGAACACAGGCACGCGAGAUCUAAUUAGAGCGGCCUAUGAAACUUUGACUCCUCCGCAGAGUGAGACAAGGGUCUGGCCUGGAAUCGACUUCAAUAUGGACACCUCGGGCGGCCAAGCAAUCCUAGGAUCACCUGUCGGUAGAUGGGCUGGCUACUUCCUUAUGCAACACAAGAGGCAGUUCGGCGGCAAUAGAUUCAUUUCCAAGGUCCGCAUAUUCAAACCCGACGGCGCCACUCUACCUUAUAUAAUCUUCUACGUCGAUCCGAAUCCAGCU